CUUGGCUGCUUAUGAGAGAGUAUAGAGUUGUCGAGAAUCAGUGAAAUUGGAGCAGUAAGAGUCGUAAGAGAGAGAGAGAGAGAGGAGGGCGUCGCAUAUCACGGAACGAGACGUUUACGCGACGGCGGCGCUGUCAAAGCAGUUAAAGAUCGUUCCCAGGGAGAGAGGAGUGUGCGAGGUGCGAGGAGCGAUUGAUACGACGUCGUUAUCGUGAUUGUGAACCGUUUGGACAACGAGCACUGACCUCCGCUCGUUGCGUGCAGCUGCAACGUCGCCGUAGCUUCAAUGAUCGAGUAUCUGGCACUCGUGACUCAUUAUUCGCGACUUGGCGCCCUUGGCGGGUCCGGGCUCACCGGGCUGAGGAAGCAGUCACGCCGAUUUCGACAUCGGAGAUAUCUUAACACCAAGGAAAUUUGGUGAUAUCUACUAUGGAGAAAAAGGGGCUGCGCAAGAAAGAUGUGUUGAGGAUGGACGGUCUCCUGCCUCCAACCCGGCGUUUACCAGUUUGUCAUGCAGUAUCUAGUGCCUCGGAUAAGAAAAAGGACAAGAAAUGGUCUAUAGGUGGAAUUCUGCGACGAAUAUCUUCCAUAAAGGAUUACGACAGUUCCUCUAAUGAUGAAGAGAUCGUCUAUUGCAAAAGAACACCGAGAAAGCCUGCAAAAUUUAAUAAGAAAAUCGAUGGUGUUGUCCUUCACUCGAUAGAAAAUAAUUUGGAGCACGAUCAACGGAUAAGAGUUGAAAAUAACAUUCGCCAUGUGAAGGAUUCUUGUCGAGAUUCGUUGCAUUCACGUAGUAGCGACGGUUCGUUAGACGGCUUAGGGAAGAAGUUUCGAAAGAACAAACUAAAAGCUCGGGCUGAAGCGAAGAGGGAUCAUCUGUGCGUGGGCAGCAGUUCCGACGAGGAUUGUCACAGAUCUAACAGUUCGCUAAACAGAUUUCACACGGAUAGCACGCAGAAUAGCCAGAGAAGUAAUAUGUGCAAUAGAAAAACUCGCGCUGCUCGGACGGAGCGUUACAUCAAGCGCUUAUCUCGGGACGAGGGCAAUGGCAGCGGUGAUACUUUGAACGAGCUGUAUAACCAAAGGUGUUCCUCAGACUAUACCGAAGAUAAGGAACGCGUUGUUUACGCUGAUACGAACGGACUGUGUCGUCCGCCCAUACAUCCGCGUCGAUCGGCUGCGUAUUCAAACUGUCGUGUGUUUCCAGUUCAAAAAUCCUCCGUGGAAAGUUUGCGAGAUGCGGAACGCGUGAGCUUACAGCAUCCCGACAUCAGGAGAUAUUCUACAGGGCAAUACAUCAUGGAUUUGAAUCAGAACAACACUUACGGGAAGAUCGCGCGACAUCACAGCGGCGACGUGUACACGGACAGUCAUCGAUCUGGAAACUUCUUUACAUAUCCCGCAAAAAACGCGUGCCAUUACUCGGAAUCGUUCGAUUGCGCCGUCGAUCGCCGAUUAAUCAAUCCGGACAAUCAGCCACCCGAGCCACCUCCGAGGGAUCCUCGUUAUCGCUCAUUCGGCUAUAGUUCCUAUCCGAUGAAUAGACACCAAAAUGUGCCAAAUUACUUUAAACAAGAAGACAAUAAGACUACAAGCGGAAUAUCAAGACCCAACUGGAGGAACUUUCGAUCAAACAAUAAGAUCGCCUGGCGCGAUACAAUAGAAUUUAAAUCAGAAAAUUCGAUGUCGAAUCCUAAAACGGAAUUCCGUAAUUCGUUGGAGCGCAUAAAUAAUAAAUAUAAUUCGAGCUAUCACUGCGCGAACGAGUUGGCUUACAAGGAAAUCGAAACAACGAGACGUAGAAACAUUCGCAACGAUCAGCUUAAUCGCAGUGACGCGAAUUACCACGUAUACAAGGCCAGGAAUAAAUCAGCGAACAUCUGCGAAACGAAUAAACAUCACGAGGCGAUUUCAUCGCACCUAUCUAUGUCCGAUUGGUCAUCUGGAAGAUCUCCCUGCGACCAACGUAAUUUGCAUAUCAUUACCCCGUCGACCUAUGACGUAGAUAAUUGCGCUGAGAGGAGUAAAAAAGAAGAUAAUAGAAGAAUAACACCGACCGACGAAACUUUGGAAAGACGGAGAAGUUCGAAAAACCUCGAAGAAGCUCUGUCUGAGUUGGAAGCGAUAUACAACAGCCUUCGCCUCGGCGAUGAGGAUCUGUUGGAUCGCGCGGAACGUCGAAGUAUGGAGGAGUUUAAUCAGAAACAAAGUAAAAGCGAGCUUGAUGUGAUUGCGAUCACUGUCGAUUCACCGGAUAGGACGAAAGACGAUAUGGCUUAUCGGAGGAUGCAUCCCAAGGAGAGACCCACAUCGCUCUCGGAUAUCGCGGGACAAUCGACUCUGUCCAGCAUCAGUUAUCUCAUCGCUUCACCUGUCCUUUCGCGAAGGGACUCAGCGGACGAUCUUACGCGCUUGCCAGCGGCUUAUUCGUCUCGUCGGGACGAGCCAGACGUGACCCGCGACGACGUGCUCUUCCGCAGUAUAAAUCAUGCCAACAAUACUCUCCGAAUAAUCGAUCCGCAGCCACCGUUCGGUAUACCGCUCGGGCCGGUCUCCGCGGCGACCGAGAGCGAUUACCUGCACACGACGCCGACGAAAUCGGAACAGCCACGCUCGUCGUACAUACCGCAAUGUGAGCCUGACGUGGUCACGGACGAUUUGGCUUACAGAGCCCUUAGGAAGGACGUUGCGCGGAACGUCGCGGAGAGUAAGAUCGACGUCUCGAGGGAACAGCUGGAGGCUGCUACUCGCAGCAAGAAACGCGCCGUUAGGUCGCUAUCGGCCAAUCUUUAUGGGCUCAUCAGUCACGAUCGGAUUCACCUUCAACGCGAGCACAGUCUCGACGCUAUCAAAGAUGAGAUCCAAGAUGUUAGGAGGAACUUCGCUGCGACACCCGAGCGACCGGAAUAUUUCAGGCGCGUAGUGAGCGACGGCGAGCUGUCUGAUAACGAUGCGCAUAGGUGGAAAGAACUAGCAAUUAAAAGUGACAUUGAUAUCAAUGGUAACCAUCCGGCGGUGGGCGCGUAUCGGAAGAAGCUGUGUGCCUACGUAUCGUCAGAAACGACAGCGGCUACGACCACGCGAGAAAGUCCCAAGAAGGAGAAGGAGUCGGGUGUCACCGAGCUGUCCGACGUCACGCUGUCUUCAAAGGCCAUCCUGAACGACGGAUUUUGGCACGAAUAUCUACAUUCGGAUUCCAACGUUUCGGCAGCCAAUAGCAUUCGCAGCACGGAGACAGACUUUACCGCGUACAGUCGUCUCUGCCAAGAUUUAGUUAAUUUGAUAAAAAGCGACGAUGACUCGGCAUCACCGAAUGUAAUCGAAUCGCCGAAGGCGAACGAUUCUAUCGUUGCUGAUAAAUCCAACGACUUCGACGCCAAACUCGAGAUCAACGAACCUUCGGCGAGCGUACGUAUAUGCUCUCUGGGUAGUCAUUACUCAGGGUCGCAGAUUGCCAACGACGAGCGGAAUGUCGAGAGCGAGAAAACGACGAGCCCGACCGAUUCGAAUUCCACGAGGUCUUCAUCAGAUUCGACACCGGCAGCCAACAACCUUGAUUUCUAUCUUCGCGUGGCGGAUGAAAACGUCAAGCUGAUCGCUGAGGCUUUCGGCAACGUGGCCGACCACUUACGCGACAGUCGCCUGUCCACCCUAAAGAAUUUGUCAGUGUCUCGUAACUCCGAGAUCGAGGACCAAAGUAGUAGUAUGCGGAGCAGCUCCACGCCGUACAGCCAGGAUGAAACAAUGAGCGACGAUCGGCCCAUCGUCAGUCCGAGACUCGAGAAGACUGUCUGUGUAGCUUCAAAGCGUAAUUCCUUGAUGAGCAGUGAAGGGGAUCAAGGUAACAUCAGUCACCUCGAGGAUGCUUCUACCGAUGACAUGGAGCUGGACUUGUCCAGGGCCGUUCGCGACCUGCAACUUGCCGCGGCCAGUCUCUACGAGCAUGAGAAGGAGAUUGAGGACCUGGGUAUCAGAUACGGGAGAAUCCGCGACGCAACGCUGCCGUUUACCACCGCCGCUGUGACCAACGCGGACGAGAGCGAGGACAAUGCAAUCCGCAGGAUUAGCUUGAUCGCCGACAACCUGAGGCAGGAGCGGGAACGCGAUCAGGAGGAGACCGUGGUACUGCCUAGCGGAAUCGAGGCGCGUGGCAGAGACGCGCAAAGCGGGGGUAGCCGCGAAGGUCUCCAGGCGUUCGCUCGUUCGCAGUGACGAUCGCCCGAGCUCGACGUGGUCGGCGGUGAUAGGGUGACACGAGGCAGGUUGAUUUUUUUGUAAGAACAGAGAGAAUAUAGAGAGAGAGAGAGAGAGAGAGAGAGAGAGAGAGAGAGAGAGAGAGAGAGCGCGAGCGAGAAAGAGCGGGGGAUGCAGUUGCCGCGGGCUGCUUGAGGCACAUCGACUUGCUGUUGCUCUUGUUACUAUGUUGUUGGUUUUAAUAAAGUUUAAAUGUUAAUCCUUCCCAUAUAUAUAUAAUGUUACUGUAAUUUUACUACGCGCAAAUAUAUCCUCGCAAUCUGUGAUGCAAUCCAUUCCAGCAGAUAUUUCGAUUCCUUUCGAUGUUAUGUUAAUGUUUGCGUUAUUUUAAUAUAAUGUUUAUCAGAUACAGAAAUUAAAAGAAAUGUUGGAUCGUAGGAACUCGCGCUUCUUUUCGAUGAUCAAUAUUGGAGACAGUUCUCGAUUUCCUAUUUUUUAUAUACAGAUGAGUAUUCGAUAACA